UGAUUUAAGGCAAUAGAGGUUUGUGUGGCUUGCACAAUUUCUCUCACAUAUAAACUUCAUUUUUCUUGGAGAUCUCUUGUUUCAGGUCUCUUUGUCUCCGGAUUCACAGCUUUUUCUCCCGAUUUGAGCACAGCUUAAUUCAGAUAAUAUUUCUUAUUUGCUUGUUGGUUACCUGUGUUCUACUUCGGACAGCCAAGUUUCAUGUCUGAAUUCAACGUGCAGAUUCCAUCUGCUUUUGACCCAUUUGCUGAUGCAAAUGCUGAGGACUCAGGAGCUGGGUCAAAAGAGUAUGUUCAUGUGCGCAUUCAGCAACGCAACGGGAGAAAAAGCCUGACAACUGUCCAAGGAUUGAAGAAGGAGUUUAGUUAUAACAAGAUACUCAAGGAUCUGAAGAAGGAAUUUUGCUGUAAUGGCACAGUUGUGCAAGAUCCUGAGCUAGGCCAGGUUAUACAACUUCAGGGAGACCAAAGAAAGAAUGUGUCUACCUUCCUUGUGCAGGCUGGCAUUGUGAAGAAGGAGAACAUCAAGAUUCACGGUUUCUGAGUUCUUUUUCUGUUUACAGCAGCUUAACUGGUAGUAGUGGACAUUAUAUACCUAUCUUCUUUAGAACUUGGAAGUGAGUGCCUGUUACAUUACAACUCUUGAUCCAUGUACGUAGCUUUGCUUUGUUAUGCAGACGAAGUUAUGGAUCAUUGGUCCCUUUAAAUUAAUGACAUGUUGUCUGCUUUCUUGUCACGCGAAGUUCGACCUUUCAUUUUCUUGAAUGCGAUUGGCUGGAUGUUAACCAGCACUAGAUA